CGGCAGGCGCACACGAGCAGGUAUGCAUUAAUUCAUGAAGGACCACACACUUGCACAAUUAACUAAGGAAAAACCACACGUCAAUUAAGGCGUGUCGUCCACUGCGUGUGGGGAGGAGUGCUUGACUGUACAGACAUUCUCUUCCCAUCAAGCAUGUAUGCAUUCGUGCAUCUCAGUCUGUCCAUGCAUGUGUAUGUCUCCCUCCCUCCCUCCCCUGCACCCUUGAAUGAAUGCCUGGUUGUAUCUACCUAGCUACUUCUUCCUCUGCUUGAAUAUCCAGUGUUUGCUCUCCUCGUGUUUCUCCUUCUUGGCUGCUGGCGCCUUCUGCUUACCCUUCUCGAAGUACACCACACCCGGAUCAGCACCUGCACGCAUCAACCAACCAAUGAACCAACCAACCAAUUAAUGCGACGGCCAAUACGACGAACCGACAUACAUCACACACGUGUGCGUGGGAGUGGUACACACCUGAGAGUAUGGAGAGGUUGGCCUUUCGCACACUGACACCCGCUGGCUUCGCCCCAGCCGCCGGCACAUCACUGAGACGGACACACACACACACACACACGCCCACACCGUCGGUCGAUGUCGUGUCUGGUGGAUUUAUGCAUUCUUACGUUCCGCCGAGCAUGACAUCGUCAUCUUCGAUGUCGUCGAGUGUGUCGUCGCUGGCGAGUAUCUGCGCCAGUAUGUCGAACUGCGUCUUGGGGUUGUCGAACAUCAAAUCCUCGCCAGCCAUGUGGCUCUCGAAAUUGUUCCACGUUAUCACCUUGUACGCAUACCCCUACACACAUAUCAACACACCGAGAGAGAGUGAGAGGGGAACGGUGUGUGUGGCUGUGUGCCGAUCGAUGAUCGGGACAUCCUGACCUGGUCGAUGAUGAACUGCUGCCUCUUGUCGGCGAAGUACAUCUCUUGUGUGUCUUUGCUGACGAGAGAGUAGAAGAAGGCGUUGAACUCCUCCCCCUCGCUCUUGGGCUUCGGCCGCAAGAUGCGGCCCAAACGCUGCGCCUCCUGACGCCUGCACACCAACACACAUGGCCGGCCAUCGAAUGUGAAUAACCAGGUUGGCUGUCUGUGUGCCUGUCUGACGUACCUUGACCCCGAGUUGAAUGAUAUUUGUAUGAUGACUGUUGCACACGGGAUAUCGAUGGCAUUGUCGCCCACCUUGGACAGAAAGAUCGUGCUGAACUGGGACUCAUUCUGAUAUGACACACACACAGCCACAUCAGUAAGGCACACAUAAACAAACGAUACAUACAUAGACGAGCGCGUGUUGUGUGUGGCUUGCCUGGAAUCUGUUGAGAAUGAGUAGCCGUUCGUUCAUGGGAACGUCGCCGCAGAUGAAAGGCUUCUUGAGGACCUGGGAUGCGUACUGGAGUGCGAACAGGUUGUCGGAGAAGACGAUGCACUUGUCGCCCCGCGACUCGUGGAACUUGAGCAGGUACUCACACAGACGCAGCUUGUUGGGGUUGCACACCCACAGCUUCCGACGCUUCGCCGCAGACGCCUGCAAAUCAGGGCAGGGCAGACAAAUGGAAAGACGGAUGAGAUGAACACACACGUACCGUACGUACAUGCAUACGUGCCGCCUACAGUGAGGUAUUCUCUGAAGUAUUCCUUGGCCAUGGGGCACCACACCUCAAUGCACUGAACCUUGGCCAGAAAACCCUGCACACAACACAACACACACGCGAGCCAGCCAUGCCAGCCAGCAUUGCCAUCCGUAUUUGUCUGAUCGGACUUACGGCUUCCUGUAGUUCCAGCCAGUUGGCUUCGUACAGUUUGGGCCCGAUGAGCCACUGCAGGUCGUGGAUGAGGUCGUCCUCACGCACCAAUGUGGCCGUCAAACCAACCUUGCAGUGAGACUUGACAAUCGAACACACCUAAACAAGCAAUCCGCAUUCGUACACAUAAGAUGAAGGAAGGAACGCUUGGUUGGGUGCGGUGCCCACCGUCCUGAACGACUUCGCUGGAGCGAAUUGCACUUCGUCGAGUAUCUGUAGGCCCCAUUCGCGGUUUUUGAUCUGCAGCAUCACACGGGACGACACCUCAGACCUGACAACGCAUGGCACGUUCACAGACAGCAGCAAACCAGGAGGGAUGAGGGAGGGCCGCUGUGCCAUUCAUUGCUUGUGCGUGUAUCGGUAGGUACCUCUUGCCCCUGAAGGACAUCAUGGUGUAUGUCGAUAUCAACACGCCGCCGUCCUCAGGCAAGUCCUGCACACAGACAGACACCAGCAAGUGAAAGGGGCUCCUCAUGUGACACUGUGUAGUGGUGAUGUUUGUCCUCUGACCUGUUUGUUCUCGGCGGUGAGGGUGCGGAUCUUCUCUGGCGGGAUGGUCGUGAACUGCUCAAACUGACGCUUCCACUGAUCCACAGCGACUGAAUCAGCCCACAGCGACCAACACACCAUGAGGCACACGAGUGUGUCGAUAGUCUGCCUGUCUAUCUGUCUGUCUGUGUGGCUGACCUGCCGUGGAUGUGAGGACGACAGUCGACUUCCUCAUGGUGCAUGCAGCGGUGAUGCCCACGAGCGUCUUGCCGGCGCCACACGGCAGCACUAUGAUGCCGGAACGAGCACGGCCGUUGCCGAACAUCUUCCGCAAAGCCCGCUCCUGCACACACACACACACACACACCAAUGAAUACAUACAGAUGCAGACACGUCAGUAGCGGAGGUCGGACCUGAUAGUAUCUGAUUUGCGUUGACGGCCUCAGCGCCAUCGCGAUGUCGGGAUUCUUCUUGUCGUGCCUGACAAACACAGACACGCAGCGCAGAACCUCUCCCAUCCACUCACUGCUCAUCCACCGCCCUCCCGUUUGUUUCCCCUUGGCACUUGAAGUCAUAUUCCUCGAUGAGUGGCCUCUGCAGGCUCUUGAGGGCGGCUUCCUUGACCUCCCCAAUGCAGUCGGCCUUGACCUCGAAACUGUACAUCUUCUGACGCACGCCACCUGGGGCGCCCUCGCCGCUGCCUGACGGCACGGGCGGGGGCGGCAUCGCCUGCGCGUCAGCCGCUGCUGCCGCUGAUGGGGAGGGGUUGGGGGGCUUGGGUGGGGAGGGGGCCGGCUGGCUCCACGACGCCUGGUCGCCGCCCGAUGACGUCAACUUGAAACCUACUCACACAGCCACGAAAGGAACGGCGCAUGAGAGUCUCUCAGGUGGUCAGGUGGCAUCGCUUCCUCGGCCGCAUACCAAGUUGCGUUGGGUCGAGGACGGGCGCGUCUGUCUCGAUGAGGCCGCCGGUCCCGCCGCCCGUCCGCAUCUGAGAGCUGGACGAACCGCUCACAGCCCUAAGGAACCAGCCAACACGCAGAUGCCGUGCUGCUUCUGUCCUUCCGUCGCAAUGAACUCUUUGUCUUUUUACGUCGAUUGCCCUGAGGGCUGCGCAGCAGCUGAGGCCUGCUGUUGCUGCUGUCCUGCGGCUAGCCCGCCCCCCAGGCCGCCGACCCCACCCGUGGCACCACCAGCCGACUGUGUGGGCAGCCUCUGAACGUACAACAGACAUUAGCAUGCAGAUUCGUGUGCUGUCAGCCACCUUGUGCAGUCUCUGCACCGGUGCUUGCGUCUUGCGUGCUCUGGCGAUUGUCUCGUCCUUGAGGAAGAGCUCAAGCAACGCCUUGUCGUUUGCUUCGAUGAAGUAGCCGUUGUCGCGGAGUACCAGCCGCACCUUGCCGAAUGCCUCGCCAUACUGCAUGACUAUGCUCCGCAGCUCCUUGGGCACCUCGUGCUUGCAAAACUUCUCAAGGGUCGACAGAAUCUGCUCUGUGGGGGGAGGGAGGGAGGGAGGGGACCGACCCACAAACCAAGAGGCGAGUGCAGUUAGAUAGCGUGUAAUUGGCCGGCUCGCUGACCUGCGCUGAUUCCGACAGAGACAGCCGCGUACAGCGAGAAGACGGUGAGCUGGAACUCGUGGAUGUCCUCUGGCCGACUGAUGGGCUCAGCCACCGCCACAAGGAAAUCAGACGCCUGUCGGUGGCAGCGCACAACCAAGCACAAAACACAACAUCAUUCACCAGUGGGUGGUCAGAAUGGCUAGCCUGUCGUGUGCUGCUGCCUCUGUCUGUCUGUCUGUCUGUCUGUCUGUGUACCUACCUCUUUUUUGAGUGCCGAGAAGAACUCCAUGUAGAUGUGUCCCUCGGGCGUGACCCAGAGCGGCCGGUUGAUGUGGUCGACCUUGAGCGAGGACGUCUGCGGGAUGAAGUUUCUCAUGUCGUCCAGCCCGCCCUGGUUCUCGUACAUGGUCGAGUCGGCCGCGAAGGGCAGCCCCCUCUCCCCCUGACGCACCGACUUGCCCGUGAUGUUGAUAAGCUUGUUGCCCACAUCCUUGUCCCUCUUGCCCUUCCUGCUGCGCUUGCUGGACUUGCGCUCGCCCUCAUACUCCUCGUCGUCGUCAUCCAUGUACUCGUCAUCGUCGUCGAGCUCAUCGCCAUCGACGCGGCUGCCGCGGCCAGCGGGCGUCGCAUCGUCGUCUUGGUCGCGGUGAUGGUGCUUCUUCCGGCGCUUCUCUGACCUCUCGGACUUGUCGGAUCUGUGCUUCUUCUUCUUGUGCUUCCUGUGCUUGCGCUUCUUCUCACCAGACGCACCGGUGGCAUCGAUGUCCAUGGGUGGUGCAGCGGGGGGCACUGCCUGCCCGACGGCCGGAGGAGCCUCGGCUGUCGUCAUGCUCCCAACGCU